AUGACCCUUGAGAAAAACUAAUCAUUUUCUUGCAACUCUGAAAUCAUGGCUCAUGAUUUGGUGAUGUUCAGAGAUGUGACUGUGGACUUUUCUCAGGAAGAGUGGGAAUGCCUGAACUCAAAUCAGAGGAAUUUAUACAGAGAUGUGAUAUUAGAGAAUUAUAGCAACUUGGUGUCACUGGGAGGAUGUUCCAUUUCUAAGCCGGAUGUAAUUACUCUGUUAGAGCAAGGGAAAGAACCCUGGAUGGUUGUGAGGGAUGAGAAAAGAAGAUGGAGACUAGAUUUGGAAUCCAGAUAUGACACUAAAAAGUUAUUUCAAGUAAAGGAUAUUUGUGAAAUGAGUUUCUCUCAGUGGAAGAUAAUGGAAAGAAUUAGAAGCUGUGGCCUUGAAGACUCUUUUUUCAGGAAAGAUUGUGAAUAUAAAAAGUUUGAGGGACAAGAGGGUCCUCAUGAGGCAUAUUUCAGGCAAGUGAAAAAACCCACCUCUGAAAAAAUGCCCAAGAACAGAAAACGCACAUCUCUUACUCUGUAUCCAAGAAUUCACAGUAGAGAGAAGCCCUAUGAAUGUGGGGACUGCGGGAAGGCUUUUAGAGUACGCCAGCAACUUACUUUCCAUCAGAGAAUUCAUACAGGCGAGAAACCCUAUGAAUGUAAAGAAUGUGGAAAAGCUUUUAGACAGUGUGCCCACCUUAGUCGACAUCAGAGAAUUCAUGCUUCUGACAAACUCCUUGAAUGUAAAAGAUGUGGAAAGAUCUUUACAUGUGGUGCAGAUCUUCGUGUACAUCAGAGAAUUCAUGUUGGUGAGAAGCCCUAUGACUGUAAGGAAUGUGGGAAGGCCUUUAGGGUGCGAGGACAACUUAAUCUCCAUCAAAGGAUUCAUACUGGUGAGAAACCCUAUGAAUGUAAGGAGUGUGGGAAGACCUUUAGACAAUAUGCACACCUUACUCGACAUCAAAGACUUAAUAUUGCUGAGAAAUGCUAUGAAUGCAAGGAAUGUGGGCAAGCUUUUCUGUGCAGUACAGGCCUUCGAGUACAUCACAAACUUCAUACUGGUGAGAAACCCUAUGACUGUAAGGAAUGUGGGAAGGCCUUUAGAGUGCGGCAACAACUUACUCUUCAUCAGAGAAUUCAUACUGGCGAGAAACCCUAUGAUUGUAAGGAAUGUGGGAAGACCUUUAGUCGUGCCUAUCAUCUAACUCUCCAUCAGAGAAUUCAUACUGGUGAGAAACCUUAUGAAUGUAAGGAAUGUCAGAAGUUCUUUCGUCGUUACUCAGAACUUAUUUCACAUCAGGGUAUUCAUAUUGGAGAGAAACCUUAUGAUUGUAAGGAAUGUGGGAAGGCCUUCAGACUGUUCUCACAACUUACUCAACAUCAGAGUAUUCAUUUUGGUGAGAAACCUUAUAAGUGUAAGGAAUGUGAGAAGAAUUUUAGAUUGCUCUCCCAACUUACUCAACAUCAGAGUAUUCAUACUGGUGAGAAACCCUAUGACUGUAAGGAAUGUGGAAAGGCCUUCAGACUUCAUUCAUCUCUUAUCCAACAUCAGAGAAUUCAUUCUGGUGAGAAACCAUACAAAUGUAAGGAAUGUAAGAAGGCAUUUAGGCAGCAUUCACAUCUUACUUACCAUCAGCGACGAAUUCAUACUGGUGAGAAACCUUAUGAAUGUAAAGAAUGUGGCAAGGCCUUUGGUAGUGGUGCAAAUCUUGCUUACCAUCAAAGAAUUCAUACUGGUGAAAAACCUUAUGAAUGUAAUGAAUGUGGGAAGGCCUUUGGUAGUGGCUCAAACCUUACUCACCAUCAGCGAAUUCACACUGGUGAGAAACCAUAUGAAUGUAAGGAAUGUGGGAAAGCCUUUAGUUUUGGAUCAGGCCUUAUUCGACAUCAGAUAAUUCACAGUGGUGAAAAGCCUUAUGAGUGUAAGGUAUGUGGGAAGUCGUUUAGUUUUGAAUCAGCCCUUACUCGGCAUCACAGAAUCCACACAGGUGAGAAACCUUAUGAAUGUAAGGAUUGUGGAAAAGCCUUUGGCAGUGGUUCCAACCUUACUCAGCAUCGAAGAGUUCACACUGGUGAGAAACCUUAUGAAUGUAAAGGAUGUGGAAUGGCCUUUAGUAGUGGUUCAGCCCUUACUCGGCAUCAGAGAAUUCAUACCGGUGAGAAACCAUAUAUAUGUAAUGAAUGUGGGAAAGCAUUUAGUUUUGGAUCCGCCCUUACUCGACAUCAAAGAAUUCACACUGGUGAGAAACCUUAUGUGUGUAAGGAAUGUGGGAAGGCUUUCAAUAGUGGCUCAGAUCUCACUCAACAUCAGAGAAUUCACACUGGUGAGAAACCUUAUGAGUGUAAGGAAUGUGAGAAAGCCUUUAGAAGUGGUUCAAAACUUAUUCAGCAUCAAAGAAUGCACACUGGUGAGAAACCCUAUGAGUGUAAGGAAUGUGGGAAGGCCUUUAGUAGUGGUUCAGACCUCACUCAACAUCAGAGAAUUCAUACUGGUGAGAAACCUUAUGAAUGUAAGGAAUGUGGGAAGGCUUUCAGUAGUGGCUCAAAACUUAUCCAACACCAGCUAAUUCACACUGGUGAAAAACCCUAUGAAUGUAGAGAAUGUAGAAAGUCCUUUAGUAGUGGCUCAGCUCUUAAUCGGCACCAGAGAAUACACACUGGUCAGAAACCCUAUAAAUGUAAGGAAUGUGGGGAGACUUUUGGUACUGGCUCAACCUUUACUCAGCAUCAGAGAAUCCAUACUGCUGAGAAGCUCUAUGAAUGUAAGGAAUGUGGAAAAGCCUUCAUUUGUGCUUUGCAACUUAUUUAUCAUCAAAGAAUUCAUACUGGAGAGAAACUUUAUGAAUGUAAAGAGUGUGGAAAAGCCUUUAUUUGUGCCUCACAACUUAUUUAUCAUCAAAGAAUUCAUACUAGUGAAAGACCCUAUGAAUGUAAUGAAUGUGGGAAGGCCUUCUUUUGUGGCUCGCAACUUACCUACCAUCAAAGAGUUCAUGCUGGUGAGAAACCCUAUCAGUGUAAGAAAUGUGGAAAAGCCGUUAAUCGUGGCUCCCUCCUUACUCAACAUCAAAAGAUUCACAUUAGUGAAAAACCCUUUGAAUGUAAAAAAUGUGGAAAGACUUUUAUUUGUGACUCAGAACUUACUCAGCAUGAGAGAAUUCACACUGGUAAGAAACCCUAUGAGUGUAAGGAAUGUGGAAAGUCCUUUAUUCAUGGUUCACAGCUUACUCACCAUCAGAGAAAUCAUACUGGUGAAAAGCCAUAUGUGUGUAAAGAAUGUAGAAUGGCCUUUACACAGAGUUCAUAUCUUUUGCAACAUCAGAGACGUCACACUGGUGAGAAACCCUACAUAUGUAAUGAAUGUGGAAAGUCCUUUAUUCGUGGCUUUCACCUUACCAGACAUCAGAGAAUUCAUACUGGUGAGAAACCCUAUGUAUGUAAUGAAUGUGGGAAAGCCUUUCGUUAUAGUUCACAGCUUUCUCCACAUUAUAGAUUUCAUACUGGUGAAAAGCCUUAUAAAUGUAAAGAUUGUGAGAUAUCCUUUAUCCUUGGCUCACAACUUACUGAACAUCAGAGGAUCCAUACAGGUAAGAAGCCACAUGAAUGUAAGCAGUGUGGAAAAGCCUUUAACUAUGGCUCACAGCUUAUUCGACAUCAGAGGACUCAUACCGGUGAGAAACCAUAUGAAUGUGAAGAAUGUGGGAAAUUAUAUGUUUCUGGUUCACACCUUACUGAACAUCAAAGAAUUCACACUGGUGAAAAACCCUUUGAAUGUAAGGAAUGUGGGAAAGCCUUUAUUCGUGGUUCAUAUCUUACUCAGCAUCAGAGAAUUCAUACUGGUGAAAAGCCGUAUGUAUGUAAAGAAUGUAGAAUGGCCUUUACACAGAGUUCACAACUUUUUCAACAUCAGAGACUUCAUACUGGUGAGAAACCCUACAUAUGUAAUGAAUGUGGAAAGUCCUUUAUUCGUCGCUUUCAACUUACUGAACAUCAGAGAAUUCAUACUGGUGAGAGACCGUAUGAAUGUGAAGAAUGUGGGAAAUCAUUUAUUUGUGGUUCACACCUUGCUGAACAUCAAAGAACUCACACUGGUGAAAAACCCUUUGAAUGUAAGGAAUGUGGGAAAGCCUUUUUUCGUAGCUCAUAUCUUACUCGGCAUCGGAGAAUUCAUACUGGUGAAAAACCCUUUGAAUGUAAGGAAUGUGGGAAAGCCUUUAUUUGUAGCUCAUAUCUUACUCGGCAUCAGAGAAUUCAUACUGGUGAAAAACCCUGUGAAUGUAAAGAAUGUGGAAAGGCCUUUGCUUAUGGCUCACAACUGUCUCGACAUCAGAAAAUUCAUACAGGUAAGAAACCUUAUAAAUGUAAGGAAUGUGGGAAGGCCUUUAGACGAGCCUCACACCUAACUCAACAUCAGAGUAUUCAUACUGGUGAAAAACCCUAUGAAUGUAAGCAAUGUGGGAAGGCCUUUAGUCGUGAUUCACAGCUCAGUCUUCAUCAGAGACUUCAUACUGGUGAGAAACCCUAUGCAUGCAAGGAAUGUGGAAAGGCCUUUACUCAGAGCUCCCAACUUAUUUUACAUCAUAGAAUUCAUACUGGUGAAAAACCAUAUAAAUGUGAAGAAUGUGGGAAAGCCUUUAUUCGAAGCUCACAACUCACCCGACAUCAAAAAGUCCAUACUGGGGAGAAACCUUAUGAAUGUAAAGAAUGUGGGAAGGCCUUUACUCAGAACUCACAACUUACUCUGCACCAGAGACUUCAUACUGGUGAGAAACUCUAUGAAUGUAAAGAAUGUAGGAAGGUCUUUACACAACUCUCACAACUUAUUCUUCAUAAGAGAAUUCAUACUGGUGAAAAACCCUAUGAAUGUAAGGAAUGUGGCAAAGCUUUUAUUUGUGGCUCACAACUUUCUCAACAUCAGAAAAUACAUAAUGGGGAAAAGCCAUAUGAAUGUCAGGAGUGUGGAAAGGCCUUUAUUCGUGGCUCAUUACUUAUGCAACAUCAGAGGAUUCAUACUGGUGAAAAACCCUAUAAAUGUGAAGAAUGUGGGAAGGCCUUUAUCCGUGGCUCACAACUUACUCAACACCAGAGAAUUCAUACCAAUGAGAAGCCCUAUGAAUGUAAGGAAUGUGGAAAGACCUUUAGUCAUGGCUCACAACUUACUCAACAUCAGAGAAUUCAUACUGGUGAGAAACCCUAUCAGUGUAAGGAAUGUGGAAAGGCCUUUAAUCGUGGCUCCCUCCUUACCCGACAUCAAAGGAUUCACACUGGUGAAAAACCCUAUGAGUGUAAGGAAUGUGGAAAGACCUUUAGUCGUGGCUCAGAACUUACUCAGCAUGAGAGAAUUCACACUGGUGAGAAACCCUAUGAGUGUAAGGAAUGUGGGAAGUCUUUUAUUCGUGGCUCACAGCUUACGCAACAUCAGAGAAUUCAUACUGGCGAGAAGCCCUAUGAAUGUAAAGAAUGUAGAAUGGCCUUUACACAGAGUUCACAUCUUUCUCAGCAUCAGAGACUUCAUACUGGUGAGAAACCCUAUGUAUGUAAUGAAUGUGGGAAGGCCUUUGCUCGUGGCUUACUACUUAUACAGCACCAGAGAAUUCAUACAGGUGAGAAACCAUAUCAGUGCAAGGAAUGUGGGAAGGCCUUCAUUCGUGGUUCACAACUUACUCAACAUCAGCGAAUUCACACUGGAGAAAAACCCUAUGGAUGCAAGGAAUGUGGGAAGGCCUUUAGUCACGGUUCUCAACUUACUCUACAUCAGAGAAUCCAUACUGGUGAGAAACCCUAUGAAUGCAAAGAGUGUAGAAAAGCCUUUACUCAAAGCUCACAUCUUUCUCGACAUCAGAGGGUUCAUACUGGUGAGAAACCGUAUCAGUGUCGGGAAUGUGGGAAGGCCUUUACUCGUGGUUCACAACUAACUCAACAUCAAAGAAUUCAUAUCAGUGAGAAAUCUUUUGAAUAUAAGGAAUGUGGGAUAGACUUCAGUCAUGGCUCACAAAACCGAACUGCCGGAAGACCAGGUCCCAGCCCGGAAGGCUCGCGUAACCUCCCCUCGGGCCCACCUCCUGGCCUGAAUCUGAUGGAACCCAGCCCCCGCGAGCCCGGAAAGAGGCGACUCGGCCUCCGGAGGACACAAAGGGGCAACGGGCCCAGUGCUCGCGGGGGCCACUGGGAAAUCGGGAGGGCCAGUCCCUCCUCGGCGAGCCGCGGGGGCCUCUGGGAAGAGUUAGCUGCAUCUAACGGACCUGGGCUGGUGCUGCCUACCGCCACAGUCGGCGCUGACCUGAGUGGCACCCCUCACUCGGGCCGCACCGGCUGUGCCACUCGGGCGGUGUUGAGGUGUGGAACUGUGGCCUGUGUCUGCGGGUUCGCCGGUGAGUCUUCGGGAAGCCUCGAGCUCAGAAUCCGGGACUCUUUGUGCUGGGUGGAGCAGGGGCCUGCGGCCCACUGGGUGCCUAUGUUGCUGGAGGAGGACGCCGGGCAGGGGCGCUCUGCCUUCUCAGGCCCAGUCCAUUCCCAGAAAGAAGAGGAAAUGAAUGAAUUCCAGGACACGGUGACAUUCAAAGAUGUGGCUAUUGACUUCACUCAGGAAGAGUGGCAGCAGUUGGAUCCAGCUCAAAGGAACCUGUACCGGAAUGUGAUGCUAGAAAACUAUAACAACUUAAUCACAGUGGGAUGUCCAUUCACCAAACCUGAUGUGAUUUUCAAGUUGGAGCAAGAAGAAGAACCAUGGGUCAUGGAGGAAGAAGUGUUAAAGAAACAUUGUCCAGGAGAAAUAUGGGGGAUGGAUGAGCAGCUGAAAAUUCAGGACAGACUUUUGACACAACUUGAAGAUAAAUUCACAAAAACAUUGACUGAAGAAAAAGUCAGUGAAUGUCAUAAGAAAUUUGCAAAUGCAUUUCCUCUGAACUCAGACUUUUUUCCUUCUAGUCACAGUGUCUAUGAAUAUGACUUAUUUGGAAAGUGUUUAGAACAUAAUAAUUUCAACUAUUAUGAGAGAAUCUUUAUAGGAAGAGAAGACUGUGAAUAUAAGGAGCCUAUGAAAUCAUUUGGCAAUAGCUUAUCCCAUCUUGUAGUAACCCCCUUUAAGUGUAAUCAUUGUGGAAAAGGUUUUGAUCAAACUUUGGACCUCAUCAGACACUUGAGAAUUCAUACCGGAGAGAAACCCUAUGAAUGUAAAAAAUGUAGAAAAGCUUUUGGUCACAAGGAAAAACUGAUUAAACAUCAUAAAAUUCACAGUAGGGAGCAGUCUUAUGAAUGUAAUGAAUGUGGGAAAGCUUUCAUUAAAAUGUCAAAUCUCAUUAGACAUCAACGAAUCCAUACUGGUGAGAAACCCUAUGCAUGUAAGGAGUGUGGGAAAUCCUUCAGCCAGAAAUCAAAUCUAAUUGAUCAUGAAAAAAUUCAUACUGGAGAGAAACCUUAUGAAUGUCAUGAGUGUGGAAAAGCAUUCAGCCAAAAGCAAAGUCUCAUUGCACAUCAGAAAGUUCAUACUGGGGAGAAACCUUAUGCAUGUAAUGAAUGUGGUAAAGCCUUCCCACGAAUAGCAUCUCUUGCUCUUCAUAUGAGAAGUCAUACAGGAGAGAAACCUUAUAAAUGUGAUAAAUGUGGGAAAGCCUUCUCUCAGUUUUCCAUGCUUAUUAUACACGUGAGAAUUCAUACAGGUGAGAAACCCUAUGAAUGUAAUGAAUGUGGAAAAUCUUUCUCUCAAAGCUCAGCCCUUACUGUACAUAUGAGAAGUCAUACUGGUGAGAAACCUUACGAAUGUAAGGAAUGUAGAAAAGCCUUCAGCCACAAGAAGAACUUCAUUACACACCAAAAGAUUCAUACUAGAGAGAAACCUUACGAAUGUAAUGAAUGUGGGAAAGCUUUCAUUCAGAUGUCAAAUCUUGUUAGACACCAGAGAAUUCACACUGGAGAAAAACCCUAUAUAUGUAAGGAAUGUGGCAAAGCCUUUAGCCAGAAAUCAAAUCUCAUUGCUCAUGAAAAAAUUCAUUCAGGAGAGAAACCCUAUGAAUGUAGUGAAUGUGGGAAAGCCUUCAGCCAAAAGCAAAACUUUAUUACACAUCAAAAAGUUCACACUGGAGAGAAACCUUAUGAUUGUAAUGAAUGUGGUAAAGCCUUCUCUCAAAUUGCUUCCCUUACUCUUCAUCUGAGAAGUCACACAGGGGAAAAGCCUUAUGAAUGUGAUAAAUGUGGGAAAGCCUUCUCUCAGUGCUCACUGCUUAAUUUACAUAUGAGAAGUCAUACAGGUGAGAAGCCUUAUCAUUGUAAUGAGUGUGGUAAGGCCUUCAGCCAAAAGUCACACCUUGUUAGACACCAGAGAAUUCAUACUUAUUAGAAAUAGAAACUUUCUGAAUCUUGUGAAUAUGGAAAAAGACUUCAAAAGGAAUUUGCAUUUCCUUGCACAUUACAUAAUGUGAUCUAGAACAGAAAACUGUGAAUGUGGGAAAGCCUUUUUAAGAAGCCACACAU